CAAAUAGAGCUCAGCUGCUGGGAGAAGAGUAUGGUGGCGGGAGGAGGGACCGGCCCCCCAGCAUCCCACAAGGGGAAGGGGACAUGUCUGUGUCAUUGAUGGAGCUGAGUUCAAAUCCGACCUUAGAAACUCACUAGCUCUGUGACCUUGGACAUGACCCUUAACCAUUGACCAUCUGUGCAAUCAAAAGGCAACCUGCGAGGGCUGUUGUUCAGACCAAACAAGAUCAUGUCAAAGCCUUUCCCUGCCUUCCUGUGCUAUGGAAGUGUAAAUGGUUAUUACUAGGACACAGAGAGUUCUGAGUGGACUUUGCAUAAUCACUUGGGAACGUGGAGAGGGGAUUAUUUGCUGCUUCUGGUGCCCCUCCAAACCCCAGAGCCAACGGUCAAUCUAAUCUGGGGAUGUAGUAGGAUCCAAAUCCUGAUUAUAAUUCUUACUACAUAGGAGGUUCUCUCACCCUCAGCCUCUGUCCUCAGGCCCACAGCCCGACUGAUCACAGCCUCUCCUUCCUGAGCCCACCAGCAGAUGAGGUGCUGCCCCUGCACUUGAGGUCACUCUCUUUGGAGGCCCCGGACUCCUGGAGGAUCUCUUUCCCUCUUGGGCAAAGGUGGCCCCAGCUCUGGGACCAGCAGCAUCCUGGACCCAGGAGACAGCUGUUGGCCCGCCUUCCUCCAGGAGAAGAAACGGGUCCCCUGGGAAAAGCUGUUCAGGUUCCCAGAGACUCCGGCCACUUGGAAGCCCCCCGGCAAGAGACAAGGUGGCAGCAGGGGGCUCAAGAAGCCCCAGAACUCAAGCAGCAUCGGCAGGUCACACUCCAGAUCUGGAUCUUCACUGAUCCAGCUGAGUUGACCGACCCUCAGGGACAAGACUGGAAGACAGCUGGGAAUCAGAUCCCCCAUGCCAGGCAGCAGGGUCUUCUGAGCUCUCCCUGGGCCCACCAGGAAGCAGCGCUGCCCACAGGGAUGCCAGGGGAUCAGCUGACCAAGGACAAGGAGGGCACCUCUGUGGGCCCCGGACCCAGUGCCCUGGAGUACCCCCGGAGACUGGCCCUCAGAGGAGACCACAUUCUGGGUGCAGAUCCCAACACUCUCCACCAGCAGGCCGGCAACUACUGGAGGAGGGCCACAACCUUGGCUCUGGACAAGAGGAAAUCCCACAGCCGCAUCGGACGGAGGAAGAUGUCAGCGAUUCUGGGUGGCCCAAAGCAGAGCUUUCUGCUGCCUUCUUUCCCGUGUUUGCCUCUCCACUGUAGACGGAACAGCCAGGAGAAGCCGGGGAAGGCUCCUAGAGAGCCAGAAGGCAGUGCCCGGACCCCCAGGAUCCCCAGGAGCAGAGGACACCCAAGAGCAGCAGAGGAAACAUGGCUAGAGAGAAAGUACCUCCAGAGGUGGAGACACAAGGUAUUGCUUCGAAGGUUUCACGGCCAGCGGAGGAGAAGGAGGCUGGCGGAAGUCUGGCAAUGCUGGGUAGGAGCCCAGGAAUCAGAGCAGCUGGGUCGGACAUUGGUUAGGCAGCGGUGGCUGGAAUGGGGCUGGAGGACGUGGCGCAGGCGGUGGCUGCAGCUCCAGGUGGCUCUGCGUUUGCGAGAAGACCACAGCGUCCUCUCUCAGGCCUUUGGAAGAUGGUACCAGCGCUGGGCAGCCCGGGUGAAAGGAAGCAAGGGCCAGGGGUCAGCGUGGUAUCCCAUUAGUCACAGCCUGUAGGAGUAGGGGGCAGGACCUGUCUGCGUCAGGGGAAUUAGUCCAGCCCUGCCCCCAUCCCAUUCUACCCACCAGGGCCCGGCAAAGAAAGUCCAGCAAAUUUAUCUGAUAAAGUUUUAAUGAAAAACAGCCUCAGGGCAGAAACCCUGCCUUUGACAGACAAUAAAGGACUAUUCCUUUCCCA